AAUGGACGCGAAACGUUUGAUAGCCGAAGUCUAUAAGCGACCAGCGCUCUGGAAUCAAAGACACACGUUGUACCACAACAGAGACGUGACGAAUCGUGUUUGGAUGGAAAUAGCAACGCUGUUCAAGCUCCCAAAACAAAUAUUGAAAUCGAAGUGGAAAGGUUUGAGGGACACUUUCCGAGCGGAAAUAAAGAAGGAGCAAGCUUAUAAAAAAACUAAAUUAGGACAAAACCGACCAGUGUGGAAGCACUUUAAAACGUUACAGUUUUUGAAGGAGCAAAUGUUGCCGAAACCGCCAAUUUGGGAACGCGCUAGUUGUGACGCGACUAACGGCAACAUAACAGCUGCUCGUGAGAGCGCCGCUCGCGACAACGGCGCUAGCAGCAAACCGCUCGUCCGUCCGUUGUCGUCGCGUCGUCGUUUCAACAAUAAUAAUAUCAGAGUUAUCGAUGCGAGUGAUUCGAUUUCCAAAAUCAAAUUUCGAUACGGAAGUGGAAAUUCAAGUCGAGCGGAACACGAGAAUAGCCGGGAAUCGAGUAGAGAAAAUGUGAUGACCACCGUUUUGACGGACUUUCAAGCUGUUGACACAGUGGCUGCUCAUCUCAGGCAUGAGGCUGCUGAUUCAAUAAACGACAAUUGCAACGAAAGUGCAACACAAGUUUUCCCGAUUAAAAUUGAACCUGCGGAACAUUGCGAGGUUGAAAUACCCGAAGUAAACGGUGACAACCCUGAAAACCCAAGUGCUUCGGAAAUCCCGGGAAUAAUCAGUGACGAAACGUCCCGCGACAUAAACGACCCUGAUGGCAUCAAUCUGAUAGAUGGCGCUGUCAAUGAUCGUUACGACGACAAUUAUUACUUUUUCGUCAGUCUUUUACCCCACAUUAGAACUUUGUCUGCCGAAAGGCGGAUGUUACUUCGAAUGCAAAUGCAACAACUAGUUUACGAAGAAGUUUACAAGAAAUCACCAGCUCCCUCGAGUAUCAGUCAACGCGUUAUCGUCAGAACGAACGCGACACCUGACUCGGGUUCUCUAAUACGCGACAAAUAAUAUUAUUGAUCCAACUGUUUUAUCAUAAUAAUGUAUAUUCUAUAUCUAAGAUAUAUCGAAUAAAAGUGGAAAAUACGUGUACCGGAA